UUUUCUCGCAGAUGUUCGAGAUUUCACGUUGUUUUGUACCGCCAAAUUUGAAUUGGAAUGUUACCGAAAAUAUUUGAACAUAAACAGAAUUUGUAUUUAUAAUGGACCCAUAUACAGAGCAACUUCUAGAGAGGACUCGACAGAGAAGAGAGAUGUUAAAUCAGAAAAUGGGGAAAACCCCUGAAGUUACACCUAGAAAAAGAUUCCUGCAGGAUAAUACUACAGACAAUUUACCACAAUCUGAUACUAAAACUCUCAUGAAAGAAGCAUCCCCUGGUAAGAGGCAAUGUGUUAGAGAAGAUGAAAUAAAUAUAAAGCCAGACACACCAGCUAUUAGUAGUGUAAGGUCUAGAAUGCAUAAUUUGACACAACAGAGAACAGAUUGGUCUUCAGGAGAUGGAACAGAUUCUGACAAUUCACAUCCUAAACCAGUUCCUAGGAAGUCACUGCAGAAUUCCUUAGAGGAGGAAGUAGAACCUCCUAAAGUAGAGGGACAAAGGAGAGGAAGACUUGCUAACUUAGCUGCCACAAUUAAUAACUGGGAAGAUGAUCUUAGUCAUCCCACAAUUCCGAGUACUAAAGAUACAGAAGAGAAAAGACCCAAAUGGCAGCCUCCUAAGAAGGAUGAUAGCUCACAACCUCCUGCUCCAAAAUCGCAAAUGGAUUCGAAAUGGCAAACAUCAAAAAGGGAUAAUUCUGCAGACAUUGUUAUGCAAUCUCCAACUAAGAAAACAAGUCCAGGCAGUGUACCUGCCCCACCCCCACCACCAGCCUUUCACUCACCCAAGAAAUAUGCCGCUCCAGCCCCUCCAAUGGGAUCACCAAUAAAGAGCAAAACAUCAAUAGUACUGAUGGAACCUCAUAGUUCAGAGGUUAAGCCUAAGCAUCAGGUUAAACAACUUGUAAACAAGGAACCAGUAAAUAUGACAACAAGAAAUGGUACAAAUGUUGGUUCAACAUGUAAGCCUGUUGUUUCUAAAGUUGAACAACCUGUUAAACAGAUGGCAACCCCAGUAAAUAACAAACCACCUUGUAAGACUUCUUCAUCUGAACCCUCUCAGCCUACUUCAAACAGGGAACCAGACAGUGAUGAUCCAGCCUCUAAGCCUGUCUCAUCUAGAAUGGCAUCAUGGCAACAAAGAGUAAACAGUUCUGUGCCACCAAAAGAAGAAGAGCCAACAGCUUAUUCAGUCACUGCUCGUAUGUCUGCCUGGGAAACCAUGUCUUCGUCAAAUCAAGUUUCAAACAUUAAGAAAGUAGAUCCUGGAAGCUCACCUUCAAAAUCUCCCUGCAGACAAGGUCCCAUACAGUCAAAUAUAUCAAAAGCAAGAACCGUAACUCCAAGUAAAAAUGUUAAAGACAGUAUCAUGGAAAAGGCAAGCAAAAUACAGAGUAGUAUAAUGACUCCAGUCAGCAACCUCCAGCCUGGACAAUCUCCAGCUGGUAAGAUUGGUAGUGCUACUAAAAUGAUCCAUCAGAAGUUGUUUGAUCAGGUACAGCACAGUAAGACAGGUGACAUGGCUGAUCAGAUGAGGAAACAAAGAAUGGCAGAACUAAAUACUUUACAAAACAGAUGGACUAAUGGUGUCCUAAAGGAGGACAAAUUACAGGACAAUGUUGUUGAACCAGCUGAGAUCACGAAUGCUACUGCUCCAGUAGAGAAAAAGGAUGCAAUAAGAGCCAAAGCAAGAGAAGAUUUUGAUAGAAAGUUAGCUGAAAUGGGAUUUGACCUUUCAGAUGAGCAGGCUUCCUAUGACUUCAAGAAAGGUCAACAGAAAAGUGGUUCUGGAUCUUCAGGAGAGGAGAGUUCCCGUAAAGGGAAAGCACCCACACCUCCAACAGCACCACCUCUACCACAACAAACAAACAAAGCACUACCACCUCGCCCAACAACUCAGCCAAAUUUCAAAGCAAAUGGUAAACAGACAGCAAAACCAGGAACCAGUUUAUAUAGACUGAUCUCACAGAAAAGGAAUGAUAAACCAGACGUUCCUACUAACAAAACUCAAGAUAAUUCUGGAAAGAAAGUUCAGUUUGAAGACAGCUUUGAUAGUACAGAAGAUGAUGAAUUAUAUGCUAAGAAAUCUUCAUCAAGCACAGAAGAUGAGACGGACAUUGGAGAAAAUGAAGAUCCUACUACAGAUGAUAUGGACACACAAGACGAUUCAUUUGAAAGUUCUAAUAGUGCUUUUUCUACUGAUGUAGAUCAUCACCCUGUUAAUGAAGAUUUACCUCCCAUUAAUAAUCAAGUUCAUCAUUACAUGGAAGAGGACACUGAUGGAGAUGAUUGCAGUCUUAGUGCAUUUGUACCUGCUUCAGUUCGAAGAGAAAGUAUACUGCCACAUCGACCGCCACAGGAUGCCACUCCACAGAAAUCAGAAAGUCAUGGCAGAAAAACACAACAUACUGUAGCAUCUGUGCCAUCAGCAGUAAGACAUCAGAGCACAACAAAUCUCAAAAAGUAUCUGGACGAAACAUCCUCAAGUCAAGGGAGUUCAACAAGUAGUCUGAAUAGCGAGACUGAUUCUAAUCAGAGCUCAUUCGAUGAAGAUUCAAGGAGGAUAAACGAAACGACUGAUGAUGAUGAAACAAAUGAAGCAGAAAUUGAUGAUUUCCUUGAUGAGGCAAUGAGUGAUGAAGAGUCUGAGGCAAAACAACCACAAGUAACACCAAGAAAAAGAAGAAGUCACAUGAUAGCCACUAGUGGUGCCUAUGAAGCACAUGGGGAUGAACAUAAUCUUGUUUACAGUGUCAGUAUGUAUAGAAAUAAAAGGGAUGGACCACAAUCUCCAGACAGGAAAAUUGUGAGAAAUCGUCAGUUCCAGGCAGACAUUGAGGAAGAAGAAAUAGAAAUGCCUACUCAUUUACCACCUGAUGUAGAAAGGAAGUCUGUACAGGAGAGAAUUCAUGAAUUACAAGAACUAGUCAGUCAAGAACAAAGUGUCAUAAUGCAAACCAGUAAUGCUCUUAACCAGUGCUGUCUGGGAAAUUCACAUUUUGCUGGAUCAGCAGAACAAGUAGAAUGCAAUAGACUGUUGUUGUUAGCUUGUCAGAAAAGGCAAGCAUAUUUAACAGAAAUGCAGCGCUUGAAAGAAACAGGACAUUUGGACCCUCCAGGGCACGGAACUAAAGGUUCCCUUACGAUUAGUGAUAUCAGAUUGCCAUUGAAAAAGGAAUUUGUUACAAAGAUUGGAACAACAUCAGAUACAACAGUACAUUACUUUUUGAUCCUGAUAAGAAACAAUGCCCAGGUUAUAACCACACAGAUGUUAUCUACCCACGAUCCUAUGAUGAGAGGGAGUCUAGACUUUCCUAAUCUCAUCAAAAUACAUGGAAUCUCUGGAAGUUUUAAACUUACAAUGGAAAUAUUUAGUAUGAAUGUUUCUAGGGAGGCUAUUGGGAAAGAUAAAAAGAAGAAAACACCUAAAAAGUCGACUAUGAAAAGUGGACAUAUUACUAUGCCAAGUCCUGGUGGCCCAACAGCCGUUAGAACAACCAGCUUUACAUUGAUAACAACUCUUCCUAUCUCCAUGAAAUCCUUAGACAAGACAAGUUUUACCCUAGAAAGAAUUUCCUACUUAUCUCCCUUACAUGGAACCAUUUACAUGAGACUGAAAUGUUUGAUGGAACAAAAUGUGGAAGAAAGAGGAUUUUUGACAAUGUUUGAGGAUGUCAGUGGUCUUGGAGCAUGGCACAGAAGAUGGUGUGUGUUGACCGGUAACAAAUUGUGUUUCUGGAAAUACCCUGAUGAUGAACAGAAAAAGGAUCCUAUUGGAUAUUUUGACUUGAAGAGGUGUAUUACAGAAAAAGUAGGCUUGAUACCAAGAGACAUCUGUGCUAGACCUAAUACAUUUGAACUGGUAACAGUGCGACAGCCAAGGAGAGGGGAACCAGAUACUUUGAUUUCAAAAACAUACAAUACCAUGACAACCACAAGACACAUGCUUUCUGCUGACACAAAAGAAGAAAGGAUAAAUUGGUGCAAUAAAAUAAACAGAGCAUUAGCCAACAUAAGGACAUGGCAUUCUGAUGCAAUGAGGCCAAUCAGAUUACCUACUAAAGACACUUGAGCCAAUGAUCAAACAGAGUAUAGACUAAAAUGAAGGGACGCAGUGCCCUAGAUGAGUGCCAAAAGGUCAAGCGAGACCAGCAAGACUUAGACUUCAGUAGAAAUACUUGUGAUAUAUUUUAUAUAUAUAUGUAUGGUGCAUAUAAUUAUAGACAUAAUGCCUAUGUAAUCUGCUACACGCUUUGUAUACGGUUAGCUAGGAUAUAAAUACACUUUCUGUUUAUACAUGGGCUGGUCCCUUACAUUGAGGGUCAUACACACACUUAAUUUCAGUCUUGGAUUUAAAGCAAUUGAUAUUAUUAUGAAUCUCAAAUGUAAUCGAUCUUUAAAUGUGCACUGCACUGUAUUAAUUCACCCUUUGCAUAUACAAACAUUUAUUGUGAAAUUCUGAAGAUUUCCAAACCAGAAUUGUAACAGUACCUGUAUUUCUUACUAAAUUUCUCAACAGUUUUCUAUAUUCAAGAAUUUGUACCAUUUUUUUAAUUUUGUUUUUAUUAGCACCAAUCAUGGAAAAAUUAGUAAUAGUUUUAUUUCAUUGUACAAAAAAAGCUGUUUUUAUUAUUUUAUAACUUAUGACGCACUGUAUUUGUAUAACCAUGUUAACUAUAUAUUUGUUUCUUUGUUACUCCUGUGUUUCUUAUCCUAUUUAUCCUUUUCUUUAUCUUAUUCACGUCUUUUGUCAAUUUAUGAUAUAAUACAUGUACCUAGAACUUGGGUAACACUGUAUAAAAACACUAGAUCUAGUAGUUUGCACUUAGAGGAGGAUUAGAUAAUCGGAUGUUAGUCAAUCCAAUUUAUUUGGUCUGUUAUAUUGUAAAAGAUCGUAUAUUUUACUACUAGUUUCUGGCAGUUCUCUCAAAUAUUAGCUCAAGUAACAUUUGACAGAGUUUAAGUUUGAAAAUGAAAUUUUGUAUUUGCCUUCAUGAGAGAAGAAAUUAUGAAUUUAUUAUAUCAAUAUAUGAUAUGGUGUGUAAUGUGUUUUUUUGACCUGCAGGAAUUUUUAAACAAAUAAAACAUCUAGAAGUC